AGGUGUUCGGCAAAAGAGGUUUUUACUGAUUGUUGCUGCUUUGUACACCGGGUUAUCUUCCGGUUUCAUCGAUUCAACUUCCUCUGAAAACAACGCCACAUGUGUGAGUGAGGAAUGAAUGGAUGUAACUGCUGAACAUAGAGCCGCAUUAAGAGCAGAAUUGGUCCUCUUAAGUCUAUUUUUUUGCUUGUUUUGUCCAGCAGUCAAAGAACACUACUUCUGAAGGAGAGUGGCCGUGCUUACGAUGAGUUUUGUGGAGUACUCGGACUUCAUUCAAGAUGGGGAUGUUGCCAUCAUUUACCUGAGCCACAACAAUGUGAUGCCUGUCAAGGUGCAGCAGGGUGCCCAAACGCAGACACGCUAUGGAGUCAUUCGCCACUCCACAGACCUGAUUGGUCAGCGUUACGGGUCAAAGGUGACCUGCAGCAAAGGAUGGUUCCAUGUGCUUCACCCAACGCCGGAGCUGUGGACAGUUGCCCUGCCGCACCGCACACAAAUCCUCUACACCACAGACAUCGCCUUCAUUACCAUGAUGCUGGAGCUGAAGCCAGGCUCCAUCGUGUGCGAGUCAGGUACAGGUAGUGGUUCCCUCUCCCACGCCAUCCUGCGCACCAUUGCCCCAACAGGUCACCUCCACACAGUGGAGUUCCACCAGCAGCGUGCAGAGAAGGUGGCCGAGGAGUUUAAGGAGCAUCGCGUGGAUCAUCUGGUCACCGUCAGGAACCAGGAUGUGUGCAAGGAUGGCUUUGGAGUGACAGGGGUGGCAGAUGCAGUCUUCCUUGACAUCCCCAGCCCCUGGGAUGCAGUGGGACACGCCAAAGUUGCUAUGAAGAAGCACGGUGGUCGGCUGUGCUCCUUCUCUCCAUGCAUAGAGCAAGUUCAGAAAACAUGCGAGGCGUUGCAGGAUCAGGGCUUCGAAGACAUCAGCACCACGGAGGUGCUGCUGAGAGAGUACGAUGUCCGAACGGUCUCUCUACCGCUGCCAGAUUUCGGCCCUGAUCCCGAAACCACAGAGGAGGCGACUCCCGCUGCUCCUCCGAACCACGCCUCCAUCUCACUGAAGACCACCACGCUGCCCAGAGAAAUGCCCGGCCACACGGGGUACCUUACUUUUGCUACCAAACCAAGAACCUAAAGCUUGGAGUGAGAGGGAUUUCUCUGGAACAGAGUUUAUAAUCCACCUCACUCUGGUGUCAUUCCUAAGGCUCGGGUAAUCCAGCAGGAGCACCAGGCUCCUCCCGUCCCUGCCUGGUACUGCAGCGCCGGGAGGAUUUACAGUUUUGCGCGUUACAUAAUUUUGUGCUUUGUCAGUUGGCACCGGUUCGAUGCUUUCAUCAAGCAGGACUGAAAAUGAAUUGAAGAGCAAUUUCAUUUGAGAAGAUUAAGAUUUAUAACUCUGAGAUUAUAGCUGAUUAUUUGGCUCUCCCUUUCAUAAGAGUUACAGAUAAGCUCUGCUUUUAUGUGUUGGGGAAGAAGGAGCUUUAUUAUUUUUAAUAAAUACAAUGAUUGUGGGACAAUAUUUGUGUCAUAUUUCUGUUUUGAAGCAGAGAAGCUUUGAAGAUUUGACAUGUUGAAGUUUGAUUUAACAGCAUGAAACCACACAUUUGUUACAUUUCAAACAUAAACCGUGUAUGUUCCUGUUAAACUGCAGAUUCCAUCUGUUUGUUAAGUCUCCUAUACAAGGAAAAAAAUCUGUCUGCAGUCCUUCCUCCACACAGACACCUCCACCUGUCAUAAACACCCUGAGUGAUUGCUCCGUCAAAUGCAUCCAUUGAGGUUUCCCCCUCCCCUGUUUGAAAGGAGAGAUCCGGUGUAGCAGGAAAUCAUUACUGCUGUAUUUAAUUUGAGCUCUGGGUGUUCUCAUUUAUCAUCUCAUAAAGGGCUUUUUGGUUUUUUUGCAAAGCAUUAGCCGAAUAGUGUCUCCAAACAAAUGCUCUGUGCAGAAGGUACAGCCCCACUUACAAAAACGUUAGAACGCCGUGUAAAAUGUGAACUGAACAUACUAAAAAAUACUAGCUCAUUUUCUAGUAGACAGCAACUCAUCUUUAAAUUGGGAUGGGGGCAAUAAAAACCUGGGCAACUAAGGGAUACUAAAAGGAAACGGUUAGAGAAACAGGUCAGUAAUAUGAUUAGUAUGAAAAGAGCACCUUGGAGGCAGAGGUUCACCAAUAUUCCAAAAAGUGCAUCUACAUUUUGUGGAACCACAGCAGAAUGAAGUUUGUCAGCAUAAAAUCUUGAACCAUUUCAAUAUGUCAUUAUCUGCAGUACAGUACACAAUAUUUAUGGAUUCAGAGACUCUGGGGAAAUCUCUGUGUGCAAGGCUUGGGGCCAAAAACCAGUGAAUGCCCUGCAGGCCCGGCGGCACUGAAGUAAAAGCAGUCAUGAUUCUGUCACGGUUCACUGUGCUAUCCACAAGUGCAGGUUAAAGCUUCGUCAUGCAAAGAAUAAGCCAUAUGUGAAGAUGAUCAGGAAAUGACUCAGCUCAUUAAAAUGUGGAAAACAUUUCUGGGGACAGUGGUAAACAUGUCCCUAUCCAACUUUUUUGGGACAUUGCUGCCAUCAAAUUCAAAUUACCUAAUCCUUUUCUGAAAACUGUUUAGUAAAAACUUCAGUCGUUUAUGUUUUCUAUGUACCAGAAUUGGUGGUGUAGAUCUUGAUGAUCAUUCUUGAAAUCGAAAGCCACUUCAUUUUGUAAUCAGUGAUUCAAAAAGUUGGUGUGACAGAAUGUUAACAGUAUAAACUUGGCCUAUAAACUUGUGCUUUAUUAAAAGCACUGGAUGUUAUAGUUUGAUAAGUUAAGGUACCACUAUAUAGACAGCAGCAUGUGGCCCCCUGCACAUUACACCUAUCAGUCCUUUUAUGACAUCCUGUUCUAAAUUCAUUGGCAUUUAUACAGGUUCCUUUCCCAUUUGCAGUUAAAAUAGCUUCCACUCUUCUGGGAAGGCUUUCUACAAGAUUUUGGAGUACGUCUGUGGGGAGUUUACCAUUCAUCCAGAAUCAGGUCAGACACUGAUAUUGGAUAACAGGGCCUGGCUCACAAUCUCCAUUCUAGUUCAUCCCAGAGGUGUUCAAUGAGGUUGAGGUCGGGGCUCUUUGUGGGCCAGUCAAGUUCUUCCACACCAAACUCAUCCACCCACGCUUUUAUGGACCUUGCUUUGUACACGAGGACACAAUCAUGCUGGCACAGGAAAGGGCUUUCUUCAAACUCUUCCCACAAGGCCGGAGCAUCGAAUUAUCAAAAGUCUUUUUAAGGUCGAGUAUUAAGAUUUCCCGUACAGGUUGCCUGCUUUAUACCGCUGCAUCUGACGCCUGGCAUUGCACUUGGUGAUAUAAGGUUUACAUGCCGCAUCAGAUGGGAGUGUGAAGGUAGAGGAAGUGAGUAAUGCUGCCUGCUGAAAAGGUGGGUGUUAGAAGCUGAUUCAUUCUGUAAAAUGUGAUGGAGUCUGAGAAGGGAAGCUGCUUGGUGCUGAUGGUGCAGUGUUGUCUUUUUUUUAACUUACUAUUUCUCAGUUUUCUGUCUUUAGAUGCAAAUUCAAGAUCGAACAUUUGUUCCCAAGUCCUUGCAAACAGUUGGUAUCUAAGACGCCAAAAAGAGAGUUUCAUUCUCAGGUGCACAGGGGCGAUUCUUUUUCUAAGUCACCACUUUAUGUUCUUUUAUAAGUUCGGGUUCUUAGGCGUGUUUCUCCAAGGACAGCUGGACUCACUGAACUGGACAUGACUCGUUCUUGUGCGUUUUCAGGUGAAUUGUCUGGCAAAGAUUGACUUGAUUAAACGUCCUAGUGUUGGUCGGUGAAAUCGUAUUUGUAUGUUUUUCUUGAUACUAAUGUUGGUCAAGUUACU